CUAACUAACACACACACACGUUUUUAAAUCACAAAAUGAUCAACCUCAUUGGCUUCUAUCUCUCGUCGGGUAUCCGAACAGCCUAUCCCGGCGCCUGACACUGGAAGUGGGCCGAACUCUCGCACCAUCCCUCUCCCAGGAGGGAGCUUCCAUGCAGGGCUUCCUUUCUUACUGAAGAGGGCGAGAUCACAAUCCCACCACACUCCGUAUCCACACUGCCCACAACUACAAACAUUUCUGCCUGACAAACGAAAGCUCCAGCUCGGUCACUCCCGUUUGUGAAACACAGUACUCCCCUCCUUUGCUCCAACACCUCCCUCUCUCUCGGCGGCGGCACCACACUCGUAUCCGCCAGCUUAGCUCCGUGCCGCUUGCGUUUUUUUUUGUUUGUCGCUUGCAGUCACAUCUCAAACAAAUCUCUGAUGUUGUAGAGCAAGAUAUAAGUGUCGUGUGUGAGUGCGUGUUGUGAGGCCGGCUGGAGGCGUGUUCUGGGGUGCUUGGAGCUGAAUGCAGUCGAGCUCUUCUGAAACACUGGGGUUGUUGGUGUGGCCGAAUUUUCCCUGGAUUUGAUUGGUAAAUUCAGAAGACUGAAGCCCAGGCUCACAGUCUACCUUUCACGGAGGCCCAGCCGUGAGAGGACAGAGGAAGGCACGUGGCGAAUCAUGACUGCCGAGAAAGAGAAAGACAAGGAGCGGGAGCGGCGGGAGAAGGUGCGCGAGAGCGAGAGCUCGCGGCCGCGGCGCAGCUGCACGCUGGAGGGCGGAGCCAAGAACUACGCGGAGAGCGAGCACAGCGAGGACGAGGAGGCGGAGGCCGGAGGCGGAGCCGCCGCCGAGGAGGCCACCAAGAAGAGCAAGAAAAAGCUGCCCAAGAAGAAGUCGCGCUAUGAGCGCACGGAGAACGGAGAGAUCACCUCCUUCGUCACGGAGGACGACGUCGUCUACAGGCCGGGGGAUUGUGUGUACAUAGAGUCUCGCCGAUCCAACACCCCCUACUUCAUCUGUAGCAUUCAGGACUUUAAGCUGAGUAAGCGGGAUCAUCUGUUAAUGAGCGUGAAAUGGUACUAUCGCCAGUCCGAGGUUCCUGACUCCGUCUACCAGCACCUAGUGCAGGAUCGUAACAAUGAGAACGACUCUGGUCGGGAGCUGGUCAUUACUGACCCUGUGGUAAAAAGCAGAGAGCUCUUCAUCUCGGACUAUGUGGACACCUACCACACUGCGGCCCUCAGGGGGAAAUGCAACAUCGCCCACUUCUCAGACAUAUUCGCUGCCAGGGAGUUCAAACCACGGAUCGACUCAUUUUUCUACAUUUUAGGAUAUAAUCCAGAGACUAGGCGAUUAAACAGCACACAGGGGGAGAUUCGAGUAGGUCCCAGUCACCAGGCCAAGCUCCCAGAGCUCCUGCCUUUUCCCUCUCCCGGAGGCCAGGCAGUGACGGAGAACGAGGAGCUGGUGUGGAUGCCUGGGGUCAAUGACUGUGACCUGCUUAUGUACCUGAGGGCAGCAAGGAGCAUGGCUGCUUUUGCAGGGAUGUGUGAUGGAGGCUCGACCGAGGACGGCUGCCUCGCUGCCUCUAGAGACGACACCACACUCAACGCACUAAACACGCUGCACGAGAGCAGCUACGACGCGGGGAAGGCCCUGCAGCGGCUGGUGAAGAAGCCCGUGCCCAAGCUGAUUGAGAAGUGCUGGUCCGAAGACGAAGUGAAACGGUUCAUUAAAGGGCUCCGGCAAUACGGCAAGAACUUCUUCAGGAUUCGGAAAGAGCUGCUGCCAAACAAGGAAACGGGAGAGUUGAUCACCUUUUACUAUUACUGGAAGAAAACGCCGGAAGCUGCUAGCUCGCGAGCCCACCGCAGGCACCGCAGGCAACCCGUCUUCCGCCGGAUCAAGACCCGCACCGCCUCCACGCCUGUCAGCACUCCCUCCCGCCCCCCUUCCAGCGAGUUCUUGGACCUGAGCUCAGCCAGCGAGGAUGACUUUGACAGCGAGGACAGCGAGCAGGAGCUGAAGGGCUACGCCUGUCGCCACUGCUUCACCACCACCUCCAAGGACUGGCACCACGGGGGCCGUGAGAACAUCCUGCUGUGCACCGACUGCCGCAUCCAUUUCAAGAAGUACGGCGAGCUGCCGCCCAUCGAGAAGCCCGUGGACCCACCGCCGUUUAUGUUCAAACCCGUCAAAGAGGAAGAGGAUGGGCUCGGCGGGAAGCAUAGCAUGAGGACUCGACGGAACCGUGGGCCUAUGUCGACGCUACGAAGUGGCCGGAAGAAGCAGACCGCCAGCCCGGAUGGCAGAGCCUCACCGACCAAUGAGGACCUGCGAUCGAGUGGCAGGACUUCCCCCAGUGCCGCCAGCACGUCCAGCACCGACAGCAAAACGGACUCGGUGAAGAAGCCCAGCAAGAAGAUAAAGGAGGAGGUGCCAUCGCCCAUGAAGAGUGCCAAGCGGCAGAGAGAGAAGGGGUCCUCAGACACAGAGGAGCCCGAGAGAAGCAGCACCAAGAAGUCAAAGACCCAGGAGCUAAGUCGGCCCGAUUCGCCCUCGGAGUGCGAGGGAGAGGGCGAGGGCGAGAGCUCGGAUGGUCGCAGCGUGAACGAUGAGGGCAGCAGUGACCCCAAGGACAUCGACCAGGACAACCGCAGCUCCUCGCCCAGCAUCCCCAGCCCACGCGACAACGAGAGCGACUCGGACUCGUCGGCGCAGCAGCAGGUGCUCCAGGGCCAGCACCCUCCCGUCAUCCAGUGCCAGGGGGGAGCCCUGCCCCCGGUCGCCUCGUCCUCCUCCUCUGCCGUGCCGAUGCCUCCGACGUCAGGGGCUCCGGCACUCCCCUCCCAGGCGUCUCCAUCCUUGCCCCCGGCCCCCAUGCCUCCGCAGCAGAUACCUCCGGCAGGCCCGCUUUCUCACAUCCAGUCAGCGGUGGCCCUGCACCCUCAGAGGCUGCCCUCGCCCCACUCGCCCAUGCAGGGCAUGCCUCAGCCGCCCGCGCCCUCUCAGACUGGUCCGCAGCCUCUGCUGCCCACUCUGCACAGCUCCGUGCCGCCCAUGGGCCACCCUCUGCAGGCAGGGCCCCACGUGCCUCAUCCUCACCCCUUACCCCCACAGCCCUUCCCCCUCGCACAAUCUCAGGUCCCCCCGUCUCCCCUCGUGGGCCAGACGCAGUCCUCCUCCCUGUCUCAGCAGCCGCACACGCCCCCGUCGCAGUCCUCCUCGCAGGGCGGCGGUCAGCAGCCCCCCCGGGAGCAGCCUCUGCCGUCCGCGCCCAUGUCCAUGCCACACAUCAAGCCUCCGCCCACCACGCCCAUCUCACAGGUGCAGAACCCGCAGUCUCACAAGCACCCCCCACACCUCUCGGCACCCCCUUUCCCGCAGAUGCCUUCCAACCUGCCCCCGCCGCCUGCCUUGAAACCGCUCAGCUCGUUGUCCACGCACCACCCGCCGUCAGCCCACCCACCUCCCCUGCAGCCCAUGCCUCAGCAGCUGCAGCCUCCGCCCGCGCAGCCCCCAGUGCUCACCCAGUCCCAACCCCUGCCUGCCUCGGGUAGCCACGCUCCUCCCCCAGCUCCGCCCCUCCCCCCCUCGGCCGCCCCCUCGCACUCGGGUCCCUCCCAGCCGCCCUUCCCCCCUCACGCCUUUUUGCCCGGCGGCCCUGCCGCCCUUGCGCCAUCCUCCGUGCCGUCGUCGGUGGCGGGCCCGCUGGCUGGACUGCAGCAGCCGCCAUCCUCCAUCUCCAUGCCGUUGCCCGCCUCUGUCGGCACGCCCUGCCCGGGACCCGCCACUGUGCCCCCCGUGCAGAUUAAAGAAGAGCCCCUGGACGAGGCCGACGAGCCCGAGAGCCCGCCGCCUCCACAGAGGAGCCCCUCGCCCGAGCCCACCGUUGUCAACACUCCCAGCCACGCCAGCCAGUCCGCACGGUUCUACAAGUACUUGGACCGAGGGUAUAACACGUGCGCAAGGACGGACUUCUACUUCACGCCGCUGCCGUCGUCCAAGCUGGCCAAGAAGCGCGAGGAGGCACUGGAGAAAGCAAAGAGGGAGGCAGAGCAGAGGGCACGCGAAGAGAAAGAGAAGGAGAGGGAGCGCGAGAAGGAGAGAGAGAGGGAGCGGGAGCGUGAGAAGGAGGCUGAGAGGGCUGCGAAAGCGUCCAGCUCGUCUCACGAGGGUCGGAUGGGCGAGCCCCAGAUGGCGGGGCCGGCCCACAUGCGGCCGCCCUUUGACCCGCCCCCCACCACCAUUGCCGCCGUGCCGCCCUACAUCGGGCCGGACACGCCGGCCCUGCGCACGCUCAGCGAGUACGCCCGGCCCCACGUCAUGUCGCCCACCAACCGCAACCACCCGUUCUUCAUGUCGCUCAACCCCACCGACCCGCUGCUGGCGUACCACAUGCCAGGCCUGUACAACGCCGACCCCGGCAUGCGCGAGCGGGAGCUGCGGGAGCGCGAGAUGCGGGAGCGCGAGAUCCGCGAACGCGAGCUCCGCGAGAGGAUGAAACCCGGCUUCGAGGUCAAGCCCCCCGAGCUGGACGGCCUGCACCCCGCCAACCCCAUGGAGCACUUUGCCCGCCACGGGCCCAUCGGCUUGCCGCCCAUGGCCGGCCACCCCUUCGCCUCCUUCCACCCGGGCCUGAACCCGCUGGAGAGGGAGCGGCUGGCCCUGGCCGGUCCCCAGCUGCGACCCGAGAUGACCUACCCGGAGCGGCUGGCCGCCGAGCGGCUGCACGCCGAGAGGAUGGCGUCCGUGGCCAGCGACCCCAUCGCUAGGCUGCAGAUGUUCAACGUGACGCCACACCACCACCAGCACUCCCACAUCCACUCCCACCUCCACCUGCAUCAACAGGACCCACUGCACCAAGGUGGUGGUGAAUGCCUUGUGUGUCCCCCAGGUUCUGGGGCCCACCCACUGGUUGACCCGCUGGCCGCCGGACCACACCUGACCCGCUUCCCGUACCCGCCCGGAGCCAUCCCCAACCCCCUACUCGGACAGCCCCCUCACGAACACGAGAUGCUCCGGCACCCGGUGUUUGGUACCCCAUACCCUAGAGAUUUGCCGGGGGGGCUACCCCCACCCAUGUCGGCCGCGCACCAGCUACAGGCCAUGCACGCUCAGUCUGCCGAGCUCCAGAGACUGGCCAUGGAGCAGCAGUGGUUGCACGGACACCACCACAUGCACGGGGGCCCUCUGCCUGGACAGGAGGACUACUACAGCCGGUUGAAGAAGGAGAACGACAAGCAGCUGUGAUGGAGGGAUGUGACAUCGCAGAGGUCAGCAGGACAAAGGAGGUCACUCCAGAGCAGUCGCAGACAGGACCAUUUACGUUUGGAAAAGAACAGACAAGUGACAAGGAUUGACUCUGUUUCUGUUGUCUUUCUUUACUAUUAUGGACUUUUUUUUUUUUCUAAAGACAUUGACUUCCUUUUUGGUAUAUAGCAUUCAAGUAGUGAAAACGUCCUCAAGACUGGUUGUGACUUUCCUGCAUGAAACAUCCUCUGAGAAGCUUCCCUGGCGUUUUUGUAGGUGCUAGAAUACCAGACACUUUGUCACUGUGCAUAUUCAAAGAAGAGGAAGAGAACAGUUGGGCCAUUAUAUCUGAAAAAGUGCUAUCUUAAAUUCAAUGUUUAUUUUAAUACAUUGUAGGAGGUUUUCAUAAUUUUAAGAAGAGCUGCAGCAUGACGUUUUUUGAGUCUGUAAAUAGUAUAUAUAUAUAUAAAUAUAUAUAUAUAUACAUAUGAUUAUUAUUAUAAUUAUUAUUAGGUGUGGAUUGCUAACCGAGUUGUUAGACUUGCGGUAUAUAGUUCACAAGCAUCGUCCCUUGUUUCAGAGGGGAACGAGAUGGCAUUAUCUGAGCAGGUAGGCAUGUCGGCAGCAGGCCAGAACACUGAGUCGCUGGGAGAAUGGUACCAGGUUUUGUUAUCCACACACACACACACACACACACACACACCUGCGGUGAAUGCUCAAGUUGAGCUGCUUAUCAUCCCAUAGACUUUCAGCGUAUUGAAACACACACACACAAACGCUUAUCCAUGAUGUCAUGGCCGUCUUCAUUACCAUUUUCUGUUGAAUGGAAGCUAAGGAGUCCGAUAUGGGGCAUAGCGCAGGUUUGUGAAACAGCUCUAGGGAUGUAUGCAAGACCUUACACACCCACACCCUAUCGAGAAGGCGAAACUGCACUGAACAACGUCAGAGGUGAUAUUGAAUUAGAAUUGGUUUUAAGGACCCGACCACAUGAAUGAGUGCGUUUUAAGAACCAUUUUUGUCUCUGUUCUGUGUACCAAAGUGAAGAAGCUAAAACUGGUAAUGUGCGCUUUGAAAAAAGCAAUUCGGGUUCACACGUUUUCCGGGACAUUUUAGAAAGGCCUCCAACUGGUCCUGGCACUUUCUUCCUCCAUCCAUGAUAAUGGAUGGAUAGUCCAGACACCUCCUCCUCCUCAGGUGUUUCCGUGAGCGAUUUUACCAGUUUUAAAAGAAUGGAUGGGUGCUAAUGGAACUGGACAGCAGUGGAGGCCCCCCAACCUCCGCUCCUGGGGUCCCUCGGCCCCCAUGGGCUCAGUCAUUCUCACUGUGAUCCCCAAAAGACACGGUCCCUCCACGGGAGACGGAACGAGAGCUUUGAACAAGAGUGCGCGCGCCCGCACAUGUGCGUGCUUGCGGCAGCAGGAAUCAGUGUGUCGCUGCUGCAGGCGGCUCUUCCUGACGCUGCGUUUCGCCGUGAUGCAUGGCCUCCCUGGUGACACCGCCCAGACCCCCCCCCCCCCCUCCCCAACACACACACACACACACACACACUCCCUGCGUCAUCAUGAGGCCGGGUGAUGGCCAUUGUCAACACUCACGUGCAGUAUUUGCUGUUACAUCAGACCAGUUUGAAUCAUUCUUCACAGCCAUAUCCUCCAUUAAUUCUUUUUAUGUCCUUAAAUAUUCUCAUUGCAGGAAGGUGGUUUUGGUUUUAGGUUUUAAUUUGAUUAAUGUAGUGCGUUUUUUUUUUCUAUGUUUCCUCAAAGAAAGGGGAAAGGGAUGGAUGCUUCCACAGCUUUGCCCAGACACCGAAAUCCAUUUUGUCAGUACAAUAUAAAUAUCACGCCCGCCCACUGGACUCUGCCAUCUACCUGUCUCUGUCUAUGUAUACAAACAUUAUCUUUUUUUCAGCAUUUUAUCCCUGUUGUCCCUUUUUUUGUCUUAAACCUUUGAUGUUGAGUGUUGUCAAUGGUUUAGCUUCUCUUCUCGUUUUAAAGCGGCAAUAGCAGAAUGUACAUUCUGACUGCUAAGAUUUAUAUAUACUGGUAUCUUGAAGCUUAUUGUAUAUAUUAGUAGUUGCCAUGGGAUGACACAAUGUAAACAAAAAGUAGAAAUAAUUAAAACAAAAUUGUGAGUCCUGUGUUCUGCCCAUUUGAGUAUUUUGUAAUUUUUUUGAAAAAUUUGUGGAAUUAAAAUAAAACCAAGUUACACCACAAUGA